GGGUGACGGAUGCUCAAAAGUUCAGAAGUUUUCCAAUGCUUCCUUAAGCGGCCGGCGCGCGAGAGACUGAAAAAAAGGUGACGCGGGGCCCGGGAAGGCGGCCGGCGCGGCCCCUGCCCUGGUGAUCUGGCCGCCUUCGCUGGCGGCUCCGGGCAGAUUCUCCUGAAAGGCUCAGGCCGUGUGGCGAGAAGAGCGCCUUCUUGUUUUUAAGUUUUGGCUCCUUUUUCCCGUUCUCGCCUGGAAGUGGCUCCGUGAGUUCCUCCAAGGCCGUCUGCGGCGUCCCGGGCCGUCCCGUUCCCUAGCACCGACCCUCCUUCGCGGCUGGCGCGGGUCCCGAAGUAGCCGGAGGAGCCCAGGAGCCCGAGCGAGUGCAGGGAGAGGCCGCGCGCGGCCCGCGGCUCCGGGAAGCGGCGGCGGCCCGGCACCAGCUCCGCGGGGCCCGGACUCGGACUGGGCGGCUGGCGCGGCGCGGCGCGGCCGACCUGAGCGAGGGUGGGGGGCGGCGGGCGGCGCGGGGCGGCGGCGGCGGCGGCAAGCGGGGGCCAUGCAGGCGCGCUACUCCGUGUCCAGCCCCAACUCCCUCGGAGUGGUGCCCUACCUCGGCGGCGAGCAGAGCUACUACCGCGCGGCCGCGGCGGCGGCCGGGGGCGGCUACAGCGCCAUGCCGGCCCCCAUGAGCGUGUACUCGCACCCCGCGCACGCCGAGCAGUACGCGGGCGGCAUGGCCCGCGCCUACGGGCCCUACACGCCGCAGCCGCAGCCCAAGGACAUGGUGAAGCCGCCCUACAGCUACAUCGCGCUCAUCACCAUGGCCAUCCAGAACGCCCCGGACAAGAAGAUCACCCUAAAUGGCAUCUACCAGUUCAUCAUGGACCGCUUCCCCUUCUACCGGGACAAUAAGCAGGGCUGGCAGAACAGCAUCCGCCACAACCUCUCGCUCAACGAGUGCUUCGUCAAGGUGCCUCGCGACGACAAGAAACCGGGCAAGGGCAGCUACUGGACGCUGGACCCGGACUCGUACAACAUGUUCGAGAACGGCAGCUUCCUGCGGCGGCGGCGGCGCUUCAAGAAGAAGGACGCGGUGAAGGACAAGGAGGACAAGGACCGGCUGCAGCUCAAGGAGCCGCCGGGCCGCCAGCCCGCGCCCGCGCCUGCGCCCCCGGAGCACACGGACGGCGCCGCGUCCGGCCCGCAGCCGCCGCCGGUGCGCAUCCAGGACAUCAAGACCGAGAACGGUACGUGCCCCUCGCCGCCCCAGCCCCUGUCCCCGGCCGCUGCCCUGGGCAGCGGCAGCGCAGCCGCGGUGCCCAAAAUCGAAAGCCCCGACAGCAGCAGCAGCAGCCUGUCCAGCGGGAGCAGCCCCCCUGGCAGCCUGCCGUCGGCGCGACCGCUGAGCCUGGACGCCGCGGAGCCCGCGCCGCCCGCGCCGCCCGCCCCGCAGCCCGCGCCGCCGCCGCACCACAGCCAGGGCUUCAGCGUGGACAACAUCAUGACGUCGUUGCGGGGGUCGCCGCAGGGCGCAGCCGGCGAGCUAGGCUCGGGCCUUCUGGCCUCGGCGGCCGGCUCCUCGCGCGCGGGCAUCGCACCCCCGCUGGCGCUUGGCGCCUACUCGCCGGGCCAGAGCUCCCUCUACAGCUCCCCCUGCAGCCAGAGCUCCAGUGCCGGCAGCUCGGGCGGGGGCGGCGGCGGCGGCGGCGGCGCGGGGGGCUCCGGGACCUACCACUGCAACCUGCAGGCCAUGAGCUUGUACGCUGCCGGGGAGCGCGGCGGCCACUUGCAGGGCGGUCCUGCGGGCGCCGGCGGCUCAGCUGUGGACGACCCCCUGCCCGACUACUCUCUGCCCCCGGUCACCAGCAGCAGCUCCUCCUCCCUGAGCCACGGCGCCGGCGGCGGCCAGGAGGCCGGCCACCACCCUGCGGCCCACCAAGGCCGCCUCACCUCGUGGUACCUGAACCAGGCGGGCGGAGACCUGGGCCACCUGGCUAGCGCGGCGGCGGCGGCCGCGGCGGCAGGAUACCCGAGCCAGCAGCAGAACUUCCACUCGGUGCGGGAGAUGUUCGAGUCGCAGAGGAUCGGCUUGAACAACUCUCCGGUGAACGGGAAUAGUAGCUGUCAGAUGGCCUUUCCUUCCAGCCAAUCUCUGUACCGCACCUCCGGGGCUUUCGUCUAUGACUGUAGCAAGUUUUGACACCCCUGGCCCCCUCAGUGCCAAACUGAAUCGAACCCCAAAGCAGGAACAACCAAAAGAACCAUCAAUGCAAAAUCGAAACCAAAAAAAUGCAAUUUAAAAAAUCUUGAAGAACAUUCGCCAAACCGGCGAACAGAAUCCCUCCAAAAGUUCAACUCACCAGCACAAAGAAAACUAUUUUCUUAAAAGAUUUAUUCAGAGCCACCUCCACUUUGCCUUAUCUAAAUAAACAAAACCGUAAACCAUUUUACACAGAGACAGCAAAAUCAUGGUUUAUUAAAGGACAGUGUUACCGCAGAUAACACGUAAGUUUCUUCUUGCUUUUCAGAGAGCACGCUUUCCUUUUCCUCCUCUCUCCCAUUUCCUUACCCUUUUCCUUACUUCACCUCUCACCUGUAAGAUAUUUUAUCCUAUGUUGAAAGGAGGGGAAAGUCCCCGUAUAUGAAAAUCGCUUUCUUUUUAUUCAUGGACUUGUUUUAAAAUGUAAAUUUCAACAUAGUAAUUUAUUUUUAAUUUGUAGUUGGAUGUCGUGGACCAAACGCCAGAAAGUGUUUCCAAAACCUGACGUUAAAUUGCCUGAAACUUAAAUUGUGCUUUUUUUCAUUAUAAAAAGGGAAACUGUAUUAAUCUUAUUCUAUCUUCUUUUGUUGAACAUAUUCAUUGUUUGUUUAUUAAUAAAUUACCAUUCAAUUUGAAUGAGA